GUACAGUACGGUAGUAUGCUUGAGUGAAUACAGUAAUAUGAUUUAGCCUUGCAAAGUAUACAGUAUUUUACUACAUUUUUUUUAUACUCCAUUCUACUUCUCUACCCUAGACUCUGCAAUUCCAGGCACAUGCAUUCAAACUGCAUAAUAUUACAUUAAACCCCGAAAUAUACUGUACUUUGGGCUUAAUGAUGGUGACCUGAACCAUUAAACACAACCAAUUUUAAAGUCUCUCAAGACAGACUAUCUACAUUUAAAAUGUUUAUUCAUGCAUUGUAUGUAUUUUCCAGGUGUGAAGGUUAUUGGUCAUGGUACAACAGCCAUUUAUGGAGAAAAUGCCACUUUGUUUUGUCAGCUGACUGAGACUAAAGAUCAACUUACUCGUAUUAUAUGGAAGAAGAGGACGCGAGAAAAACCAGAGGAGGUGUUUUUCUUUUCCAUUCGUGCAGGUGGCAAAACUGAACACUCAAAUGGAUUGGGGGACAGAGUACAAUUCAUUGGGAACUUUGCAGAGAAAAAUGGUUCAAUUCAGCUGCUCAGAAUGAGGCCUCUGGAUGAAGGGAUCUACACAUGCAUCUUCAACUUAGUUUCUAGUGGGCCAUUUGAGACCAACAUCAAUGCCACAGUUUUUGCUCAUCCUGUGGAUAACUUGAAAGGAGAGGCACCUGUUGCUGGAUAUUUAGAGGCUAUGUUGGCGUCAUGCUUUGCCUCUAAUGCAUGGCCUGCAGCAGAAGUGAUGUGGAGAUUAGGAGAUCUAGAAAAAUAUAUGAGGACUGAAACCAAUCAUUCAGUGAACCCCAAUGGGACAAUUACUGUUAUAUCCUACCUACUUGCUGUCCCACUCAAACAUUUAAACAAGAAGAACGUCCAGUGUGUGGUGAAACACAACACCCUAGGAAAGGAACUUGUGCUGAACUACCCAAUAAGCAUCCACUAUCCUCCAGAGUCGGUGGUGAUAAUUCCUGACAGUCCAACAAACACCAAAGAAUUCGUAUGUAUAGUGGAUAGUAACCCAGAACCAAACAACUACACCUGGACUAGAUAUUCUUCUACUGAACAUCAUGUGUGCUGUCAUAUACUAGCAAAACAUGUUCAUUGAUUUUUCAUAUGCCUCUAUUUUAACAGAG